AUGUCUUCCAUCGUCAACAAGGUCAAGGAGGCUCUCCACUCCGACAAGAAGCACGAGCAGCCUGAGGGCACCUCCGGCCCCCACGCCAACCGCGCUGCCAACGCUGCCGACCCUCGCAUCGACUCUGACCGCGACCACCGCGCCAACCCUGCCGGCACCACUGGCACUCACACCGGCACGCACACCGGCACCACAGGCUCUGGCCUGACUGGUUCGCACGGCACCACUGGUACCCACGGUACCACCGGCACUUCUGGCCUUACCGGCAGCCACACCACCGGUACCCACGGUACCACUGGCUACGACGACCCCGAUGGUGUCCACGGCCCCCACGGCGGACGUCUCGCCAACAAGGCUGACCCCCGUGUUGACUCUGACCGCGACCACCGUGGUGCCCCCGGCUCCGGCCUGACCGGCAGCCAUGGCACCACCGGCGCUUACAACACCACUGGCACUCACAACACUACUGGCUCCGGUCUUACCGGUACCCACGGUACCACCGGCUCCGGUCUCACCGGCAGCCAUGGCACCACUGGCUCUGGUCUUACCGGUAGCCAUGGCACCACUGGCUCUGGCCUGACUGGUUCGCAUGGCACCACUGGUACCCACGGUACCACCGGCACUUCUGGUCUUACCGGCAGCCACACCACCGGUACCCACGGUACCACUGGCUACGACGACCCCGAUGGUGUCCACGGCCCCCACGGCGGACGUCUCGCCAACAAGGCCGACCCCCGUGUUGACUCUGACCGCGACCACCGUGGUGCCCCCGGCUCCGGCCUUACUGGCACCCACGGUACCACCGGCACCCACAACACCACCGGCUCCGGUCUUACCGGCAGCCACGGCACUACUGGCUCUGGUCUUACUGGUAGCCACGGCACAUCUGGCACCCACAACACCACCGGCUCCGGUCUCACCGGCAGCCACGGUACUACUGGUACCCACAACACGCACGGCAACUCCAGCUUGACCGGCAACCCCAGCACCGGCGCCACCGGCGGUGUCUCCAACACCCACAACGCUGCUGGUCACAUUGGCUCUGCCGUCGCCGGCACCCACGGCACCGGUCCCGCCCCCAACACCGCUGGACCCCACAAGUCUGACGCCCUGAACAAGGUCGACCCCCGCGUCGACUCCGACCUUGACGGCUCCAAGACCGUUGGUGGUAACAAGACCUACGCCCAGGAUACCACCUCGGGUGUUGCCAAGGACCCUACCGACGCCGCUCAGGUUCCUCCCUCCGUCUUGGCAAAGCACGUCGGCGAGCCCGAGAUUGCUCACGAUGACCAUGGCCACGGCCGUGCGAGACGCAACAGCAAGGUGUCUGCUCAAGAGCUGCACCGCGGAGUGUAA